AUGAAAACUCUCGUCUUUAUUGAAAAAUACAUAAAUUUUGUAAGUGCUCGCGCAACAAUGUUGGAGUACCUUAUAAGAGACUGUAGCUUCAGCUACGGGCCCAGUUCGAUUCAACCAACGAUGUCGGAGGUUGCUAACGACUAUUUAGACGACGAAACUUGCUUGUUCGAUAUGGACGCCUGCUAUGAAACCUUUGACAAAGAUGGAGACGGUCAACUAAACCUGGACGAAUUUCGUCUGAUCUGCAAAGCUCUGUUCCGCAACGACAAAGGCCACAUAUACCCGUUAUCAGAGGAAAGGGCACGGCACAUCUUCCAGGUGUUCGACAAAAAUGAUGACGGUUUCAUCGAUAAGGAGGAGUUCACCUUCUGCUGGAAUCAUUGGAUCAAAGUCAUCGUUCGUCCGGUCAGCGCGUUCCUCAUCGUAGAUGUACAAAAUGACUUCAUCUCGGGAACAUUGAAUAUUAGCAAAUGCAACGCGCAGCAAGAUGGCAGCGAGGUGGUAGAUCCGAUCAACCGUCUGCUGGAGUCCGUGCCGUUCGACUGCGUGUUCUACUCGCUGGACUGGCACCCGCCCGACCACGUGUCCUUCGUGGACAACGUGCACAUGAGGGAGCUGCAUCCGUCCAGCCCGGUAUCAGCAGACAAAGCGCAAGCGUACGACACAGUGAUAUUCGCGGGGCCCCCGCCCAUGAAGCAGCGGCUGUGGCCGCGGCACUGCGUGCAGGACACCUGGGGGGCGGAGCUUCAUAAAGAUCUGAAGAUAGUAGAGAACGCGGUGAAAGUGUACAAAGGUACCAACCCCGAGGUGGACUCGUAUUCAGUGUUUUGGGACAACAAGAAGCUGACCGACACCAGUCUGUGCACUCAACUGCGGUGUCGCGGCGCCACCGAUAUAUACAUAUGUGGGCUGGCGUACGACGUGUGUGUCGGCGCGACCAUCGCGGACGCGCUGGCCAUCGGCUACCGCGCGGUGCUCAUCGACGACGCGAGCCGCGGCGUGGACCUCGCCGACAUCGACGCCACCAAGCACACCAUCGUCGCCAACAACGGCGUCAUUGUGGACUCGCACCAGGUACUGCCCAUGGUGGAAGGUCGCGACAGACGACCGGAGCUCGGGUACAAGUUGGCCAUGGAACUUAAAAAUGCUAUGGAAGAUCAG